AUGGCGGAGCUCCAACAACAAUCCCAGUACCAACAACAACCGGGCCAACAAAGCCGGGCCCAACAAGUUGUCAGGGCGGCCACUGCAGCGACUGCAGGUGGGUCCCUCCUAAUCCUCUCCGGUUUGAUCCUAGCUGCAACAGUCAUUGCCUUGACCAUUGCAACCCCACUGUUAUUGAUAUUCAGUCCGGUUCUUGUCCCUGCGGUCAUCACAGUAGCGCUUAUUUUCAUGGGGUUCUUAGCUUCAGGUGGGUUCGGUGUUGCGGCAGUGACGGUUCUGUCAUGGAUUUAUAGGUACGUGACUGGGAAGCACCCACCUGGUGCAGACCAACUUGACCAUGCGCGAUUGAAGCUAGCUAGUAAGGCUCGAGAGAUGAAGGAUAGGGCUGAGCAGUUUGGUCAGCAACACAUCUCUGGAACUCAGGCCUCUUAA